AUGCAGCGAAUGCGUCAAUCAGAGUACAAGGCAAAGAAAUUUCGAUACUUUCACGGGGAGGACGAACACAAGAGCAUUCAUCCCUGGGAAUGGCUCGACUGCUGGUUCACUAAAGGAUACAGCAGGCAGUUGAGAGUAGAAGAUCAUCACAGAUUUUGGGGCAGCGAGAUCGCAGAGAACCCCCCGAAAGUUGACUACAGACUGGGAGCUGACAAUAUCAUGGCUGAGCUGACCAGAAAGAUCUGGAUUCAUGGCUUCUGUCUCGUCGAAAACACCGAACCGACUCCUGAAGCAACAAAAGAGUUUUUAGAGAAAAUCGGCCCAAUUCGCAAUACCCACUACGGAGGAUUCUACGACUUUGUUCCUGAUCUUGCCCUGGCUGACACUGCGUACACGAACAUAGCUCUUCCAGCUCAUACAGACACUACUUACUUUACCGAGCCUGCUGGCCUACAAGCCUUCCACUGUCUCUCGCACGACGCUCCUCCCGAUCACAACCCAGACGAGCCUCUAGGUGGCGAGUCUCUGCUUGUGGAUGGUUUCCAGGCUGCUAUCAAGUUGAAACGUGAAUUCCCGGAAGCGUUCGGUGUCCUACAAAGAGCCCAGAUUCCUUGGCAUGCUAGCGGAAACGAGGGAAUUGCUAUUGCGCCGAAUGGCGUCUAUCCAGUCAUCGAAAUGAAUGCCGCCAAUAAGCUGCGCCGCAUUCGUUGGAACAACGAUGAUCGUGGGGUUGUGCAUCCCGCGCACGCAGAGGUUUGGUACGAUGCAGCUCGGAAGUGGAAUGAGAUCAUACGCCGAGAAAGUAGCGAGUUUUGGUUCAAGUUGACACCCGGCACCAUCGUCAUUUUCGACAACUGGCGAGUGAUGCAUGGACGAAGUGCGUUUAAGGGUAACCGCCGCAUAUGCGGAGCCUACAUACCCCGUGAUGACUUCAUUUCUCGUUAUCGCGAGACAAACUUUGACCACGAGCGAGUUAUCAGGCACAACCUUAACCAAGUUGCAAGUGUCAACAACGCUGCCCAUGGCGUCAAUGACAAAAAGAAACGCCGAUACGUCCGCCAUCCUAAGUCUUCCAAGAACGCCAAACCUCAAGACAACAGUCAUCCUGAAUCCUCUGAGAAGCCGGAUCUCGAGACGACGGUGGCGGCGACGACGACGGUCAUCGUGGAUACUUUAAAUAAGCCGGACCUUGACAGGACGGCUACUGUGAAACGUCCGAGAAGUCUCUCAGAGAGACAACGACGACGACGACGAAUAGUGAAUACUAUUUGGUAA